AUGAAUAUGAAUCCAGAAGAAAUCUACUUAAAUUAAUUAUAUGAGUAACAAUAAAUCAAAUUUCUCUAUCUUAAAAAUAGGAACCUGAGUGAAUACUCUAUUAAAAGUUUAAAAAUAAUACUUUUAUCAAAGAAUAACCAUCUAGAGAGAUCUAAUAAGAAUUAUCUAAUUACGGUAAUACUUCAAUGUCACUUUUUUAAGAGAAAUCAAAUUAUUACAAGAUAGUAUAAUUUUAUUAGUUAGUUUUUGAUAUUUAAUCUUUUACUAUUGAGAAGAUUUCUGAUUUAAAUGUUCAAAAGUUUGGAUCAAUAAGUAUUUAAUAUAAAUGAUUGUUUUUAUUAUAAAAUGUUGUAAUAAUAAUUUUACUAUGACGUGUUUAAGAUAGUCCAAUAGAUGUCUGCCAAUUAGAUUAUCACUACUAAUGAAAAGGAAAAUUUAAAAAGUCUCAAUUCAUCAUUUAUUUUUAGAUAUAAUAAUUAAUCAUGAUUCAAAGUUUGUACAAACCCUUGAUACUAUUUAUAAAUCAGAAGAAAAUGAAAAGUCUGAGAAAAUUAUUGCUGAAAUCAAAUUAUAUAUCAAAUCUAUUAGACAAAGAAAACCUAAAUAUUUGAAAAACAAAUAAAUGCGUGUUAUUACUGAUGAAACAGAAAAAUAUAUAUAUGAUGACAUAAUAGCAGAAGUCUCUUCAGAUAGUGACUCUAUUUCCUGA